GAGGCCGGACCCGGAGGAACCCGGAGUCGCUGCCGUCGCCGUCGGCGCCGUUUCCGCUGCUGGUGCUGCUGAGGAGGGCUCGGCCCCGCCACAGAGGCAUCAUGAGUGAACAGCAGCUGGACUGUGCCUUGGAUUUGAUGAGGCGUCUUCCUCCCCAGCAGAUCGAGAAAAACCUCAGUGACCUGAUUGAUCUGGUUCCCAGCCUUUGUGAAGACCUCCUGUCCUCCGUGGACCAGCCUCUGAAGAUCGCUCGCGAUAAGGUGGUGGGCAAGGACUAUCUCCUCUGCGAUUACAACCGGGAUGGCGAUUCCUACAGGUCACCCUGGAGUAACAAGUACGACCCGCCGUUGGAAGACGGCGCCAUGCCUUCGGCUCGCCUGCGCAAACUCGAAGUGGAGGCCAACAACGCCUUUGACCAGUACAGAGACUUGUACGUUGAACCCUUCUCUG